AUGUGGCUUUAUAAUUUUUUGCUGGGUUUUGGCCUGAAAGGGCUUUUCCUGUUUAUUUUUAUUUCUAUCCUAAUAGCAGACUUCCUAAAAUUCAGGAAUCCUCCAAAUUAUCCUCCAGGACCUUUGGCUCUUCCCCUUGUUGGAUGUUUCUUCCGUGUAGACAUGAAACAUCCACACAUUUAUUUUACUAAGCUGGCUGACAUCUAUGGGAAUGUGUUCAGUGUCCGCCUUGGCGGUAAGAAGAUGGUGUGUGUGUCUGGGUACAAGAUGGUGAAGGAAGCCAUAGUGACACAAGCUGAGAAUUUUGUGGAUCGACCAUACAGUGCAAUAGUUGACAGGUUAUACUCAGGAGACUCAGGUCGUGGUCUGUUCACAAGCAGUGGUGAAAAAUGGAAGAGGCAGCGACGCUUUGCCUUGUCUACCUUACAUAGCUUUGGCCUGGGCAAAGGUACCAUGGAGCAGAGUAUCUGUGAGGAAAUCCGACAUCUGCAGGAGGAGAUAGAGAAGGAGAAAGGUGAACCUUUCAAUCCAGCAGGCUUCUUCAACAAUGCUGUGUCCAACAUCAUUUGCCAGCUGGUGUUCGGGAAACGGUAUGACUACAACGACCACAACUUCCAGACCAUGCUGAAGAAUAUUUCUAAAGCUUUUAGGCUGGAGGGCUCUGUAUGGGCUACGCUGUAUGAGUCAUUCCCUGGAGUGAUGAAGCACUUACCAGGUCCUCACAACGAAAUAUUCAGCAACAACUACGCCAUCCUAGACUUCAUCAAUCAGGAGAUAAAGAGUCAUAAGAAGGACCUGCAACACAGCGAUCCCAGAGACUACAUUGAUGCUUUCCUCAUUGAAAUGGAGAAUCACAAAGAGACUGAUCUGGGCUUCACUGAGAUUAAUCUGGCCAUAUGCACUCUGGAUCUAUUCUUGGCUGGAUCAGACACAACCUUCACUACUUUGCUGUGGGCUUUGGUUUUCCUCAUCAAAAACCCUGAUAUUCAGAACAAAGUCCAGGAAGAGAUAGACAGAGUGAUCGGACAGACCCGACUGCCCAGAAUGGCCGACAGACCUAACCUGCCCUACACUGACGCUGUCAUCCACGAGAUCCAGAGGAUGGGAAACAUUGUUCCUCUCAAUGUACUUAGAAUUUCUGCCAAGGACACAACACUGGGUGGUUACAUCAUACCCAAGGGUACAUCCUUGAUGCCCAUCUUGACCUCUGUGCUGUUUGACAAGACUGAAUGGGAGACACCAGACACCUUCAACCCUGGACACUUCCUAGAUGCUGAGGGAAAGUUUGUGAAAAGAGAUGCUUUCCUGCCUUUCUCUGCAGGGAAACGUGUGUGUCUCGGAGAAGGCCUCGCCAAAAUGGAGCUGUUCCUGUUUUUGGUCGGUUUACUACAGAAGUUCUCUUUCUCCGUUCCUGAUGGAGUAGAGUUAAGUACAGAAGGAGUUACUGGAAUAACACGUGUACCGCACCCCUUCAAUGUUUACGCCAAGGUCAAAGUCAGAAACAGUUCAGAAAGAGUUCUGAGCUCGGAUUUCCGAGCUCAGAACUCGGACAACCAUGGAGUAGCCCAACUUGGAGUAGCCCAAGUUCAAAAUCCAACAUGGCUGCCCCCUCUAUUAACCAAGGGGGAAGUUGAUGAUGAAGCAAGUAAUCUUCUUCAGUCCUUUGCUCCUCUCCUCUGCCUCACAAUGUGGCUGUGCGAUUUGUUUCUGUGGCUUGAUCUGAGGGGAAUGCUGCUUUUUAUUUUUGCCGUUCUCCUCGUAGUGUAUUUUCUGAACAAAAAGGAUCCACCCAACUUCCCACCAGGACCACCAUCUCUUCCUCUUUUAGGAAACGUAUUCAACAUUGAAUCUAAACAGCCUCACAUUUACUUAACCAAGCAAGCUGAUGUUUAUGGGAAUGUGUUCUGCAUUCGUCUGGGAAGACAAAAAACAGUGUUUGUGUCUGGGUGGAAGAUGGUGAAGGAAGCAAUUGUCACACAGGCUGAUAACUUUGUGGACCGGCCUUACAGCCCAAUGGUGACCAGGAUUUAUUCAGGGAACUCAGCGGGUCUUUUCUUCAGUAAUGGCAAUGUGUGGAGGAAACAGCGGCGUUUUGCCAUGGCCACGUUACGUACCUUUGGCUUGGCCAAGAGCUCCAUGGAGCAGAGCAUCUGUGAGGAGAGUCAUCAUCUGCAGGAGGCGAUGGAGAAGGAAAAAGGUGAGCCAUUUGACCCUGUGCCCCUCUUAAAUGACGCUGUGGCCAACAUCAUCUGCCAGAUAGUGUUUGGGAGACGGUUUGACUACAGCGACCACAACUUCCAGAGCAUGCUAAAGAAUCUGACUGAGAUGGCUUAUCUGGAGGGAUCCAUAUGGGCUCUACUAUACGAGGCGUUCCCAGCACUGAUGAAACGCCUGCCGGGGCCUCACAAUGGCAUCUUCAGCAGCUCCAAAUGUUUGGAGGCAUCUAUCAGGGCAGAGAUAGAGAGGCACAAGUUGGAUCUGGACCCCAGCAACCCCCGAGAUUAUAUCGACACUUUCCUGAUAGAGGAGAAACGCAACAGAAACAGUGAACUUGGUUUUGAUGAUGGCAACCUGGUUCUGUGUUGUCUGGAUCUGUUCCUGGCUGGUAGUGAAACCACUUCGAAGACCCUGCAGUGGGGGCUCAUCUACCUCAUCAAGAACCCUCAUAUCCAGGACAAAGUCCAGGCCGAGAUAGACAGAGUGAUCGGACAGACCCGACUGCCCAGAAUGGCCGACAGAUCUAACCUGCCCUACACUGACGCUGUCAUCCACGAGAUCCAGAGGAUGGGAAACAUUGUUCCUCUCAAUGGACUUAGAAUGGCCGCCAAGGACACAACACUGGGUGGUUACGUCAUACCCAAGGGAACCUCAGUGAUGCCCAACCUGACCUCUGUGCUGUUCGACAAGACUGAAUGGGAAACUCCAGACACCUUCAACCCUGGACACUUCCUGGAUGCUGAAGGGAAGUUUGUGAGGAGGGAUGCAUUUGUACCUUUCUCGGCAGGAAAGCGUGCAUGUCUGGGCGAAGGCCUGGCAAGAAUGGAGCUGUUCUUGUUUGUUGUCGGUUUGUGUCAGAAAUUUAAUUUUUCCACUCUGGAUGGACUUGAGCUGAGUACAGAGGGAGUCAUUGGAGCCACACGCACACCAUACCCCUUUAAGAUCUAUGCCCACGCCCGCUAAACCCUGCAACCUGUCCUCUACUAUAGACUAUAUGAUACAGUAAAGCCAAAAAAGAUUAUACAUCUUUUAUACAAAGACGACACAUGCUGCAUCCGUGACUAAUUUUUCUGUCAGUACAAAAAUGCCAGUACCAUUCAAGUUUUUAAACCAGUCCAGUUGAGGCAGCAUUCAACUGUAUGUCUUGUCUAUAAUGGCCGGAUGUGGCUCAGUGGUAGAUCGGUCGCCUGCCAGUCGGAAGGUUGGCCCUCCUGUGGUGGAAGUUUCAUGCAGCAGAGUGAGUAAAGAUGUCUUCAAUAACAAAAGAUGAGGAAAAUCUAAUUGUCUUGGUUUGUUUUAUUACUUUCAAGCAGAAACACAACUUUCACAAAACAUCAGAGUGCAAUGUGGAAGAGUUAUUGCUUAUAUCUCGAGAGUUGACAGCUGGUUUCACCGCACUGCUACAGAGUGCAGAGAAAGAGCUCUCAAAGUGCAUGCAGAAUGUCAGCAUCCUUUAUACACAGAAAGAGGAACAUGUAAAGAGGAACACCCAAAAUGGUCCCUGAUAAGUUGAAACUUUAAAAACAGGAACUGCCUAAGCACGCUUGUGUCUGGGUAAUGAUAAUGUCUCACAGCCAUCCUACUCUUACAGCCUGAAAAUGCCGUCUUCAUGACCUUAGGUUGAACCACAGAACAAGCGGUGUCUGUUAUGCAGAUGCUGACGCGAUUGAAUAUAACAAAAACAGUUUCUGUUCGCUCUUAGUAACCUUUUUCCAAUACAAAAGUGUUCUUGUUUCAAGUAAGCAUAAUUCAUAAUCAUAACAUUUUCCAUUACACUGCAGUCCCAUGUCAAAGUCUCCUUGGGCAAGACACUGAACCCCAAGUUGCCCCCGAUGAUGAGCAGGUGGCACCAUGUACAGCAGCCUUGGCUACAGUGUGUGAAUGGUUCCUGUAAUAUGUAAAAGGGCUUUGACUAGAAAAGCGCUAUAUAAAAACAGUUUUCAUUGCUGAAAAACAUUUCCAUUUAUAACAUGUCAAAUACUGGAGCUGAUGUUGGCACAAGGGAAUGUUUCAUAUGUUACAAACUAUAACAUGCUUGGUUUUGCCUUAUGAUCAUGCCACAUAAUCACGUUUCCUGAUACAAUAUAUGAUUUCAGAUGGACUAUUGGCCACUAUAAAAAAUAAAUGUUACCGAAAGGCCA